CACUGUAACCUCAUCUUUUUACAGCCGACUUUAUUCUCUCCACUUUUUUCUGUUUGUUUUCAUCCCUUUUCGUUUCAAUAUUUACAGGCUCUUGUGAGCUAGAUACAUGGGUGUGGAUUUUAUUCGUCAUCCUCACGCUUGUUCAAGAAAUCAUCCUGAUAAUUUGUUCCCUACACAAGAAUUAUUCGAUGCCUACAUCAAUGAGAUCUCAUCGAACGAUUGAAUUCAAGACUAAUUUCAUGAAUCCCCGUUCUCAAACCCCAAAUUUCACAGUUCCAGACAGCCGGAGACGAACACAAAUACGUAAGAAGAAUGACAGGAAAACGGAGGCGCCGUCUAAAAACCUUGUCAUGGGACAGGUUACGAUACUGAAACGCGGUGAAGUUUUGAAUGACUCGUCGAGAAUUUUGAAAGAUGUGAAUAGUCGUGAGGACUUCACCGGCGUAGCUUCCGUCGCCGGAGGAAAGGAUUUGGUUGCCGAUCGAGAAGCUUCGAAAGUUGUGAUGAGUGGUCGGAGAAAACAGGAGAAUAAUAGGAUUGCUCCAUCAAUUAUGGGACCCGAUGUGUCGAAGCAGAUGAAGAAGAUGAGUGAAUGUUUUGCAGGUUUUAUAUUCUCCGAUUCACCUCCUCCGAGUUCAGUUCCAUUGCCUGGUUUUUUGAAAAGAAAUUUGUUAAAUCCAUAACUGUAGGUAUCUGGUUUAAGUAUUUGUUAACACAUUGUUUGCGGAUUAGUCAUAUAUUAUAGUUAGGAUUAGUUUAUAUUAAUGGAUAGUUGGUUAAUUUUUGUGGAGUUCAUAGAAUUACAGUCUUUUGGAAAUGUAUAUUUACUAAAACCCUAAUUUACUUUUAGUUUUGAGCAAACUUUGAUUGAAAUACAAUAGUCAAUUUUUUUAAAAGUA